AUGUCCUUCUACCUCGCCAUCGUCUCGCCGCUCGACACACCGCUGUACGAGCUGCAGUUUGGCAGCGCCAAGCCCACAGCGACCAGCAACUCGGCCUCGUCGUCCACAUCGUCCUUCCCCUCCUGGUCGACGUUUACGGGCUCGAACGGGUCAGACGCCAGCAUCGCGGCUGCCGGCGCGGGCGCCGGUGCCGGUGCCAGUGCGAGCGGCAGCGGCAGCACUGGUCCCGGCGGUGCAGGCGGUGCGGGCGCGCUCGCUGCAAACGCCAAUGCCAACUUGGGCCUGCUGGGAUCGGGGCCCGGCGGGGAGAAGCAUCUCCUGCAGAUGGUCGCGCACGCGAGCCUGGAUGCCGUCGAGGAGACGUCCGAGGGAACGGGCACGCUGUAUCUCAAGGCCGUGGACCGACACAACGAGUGGACCGUGUCCGCGUUCAUUGCUGCGAACGUCAAGCUCAUCUUGCUACACGACCAGAAGAACGACGACGGCAUCCGGUUGUUCUUUGGCGAUGUGUGGGAGCUGUACACCAAGAUUGCGCUCAACCCAUUCCACUCGGUCAACACCCCGAUCCGCAACCCGCUCUUUGAGACGAGGGUGCGGGCAAGCGCAAAGAAGUUCCUCUAG